CAUGCUGUCAACUGACAAUUUGAAUUUUGAUCACGGAAAGAAAAAGGUUAUAAACAGAAAAAAGUAAUGCAAUAUUGAGAUUUAAUAUCUGUUUAUUUUUAACGUUUACACAAGUAUUAUAAAAGUCGGCUACCUCAAAAAAGCAACGUGUCCUAGGUUAGGCCGUAAGCGAAUCAUGUUAGUACCAUACUUGGAAUAACAUGAAUGAAAGGAAAAUGUGCAAAUUCUACAAUUUGAACGUGCCUGAUCGACGAUCUGGAGAGGGUAGUGGUUUGCAGAACCACGGCCACAACGAGGAGGAUGAACGGACCACUGACGAAGCGAUCCCGCCGCCAGUGCCUCCACACGAGCACAAACUCGAGUAUAGCUAUUGGAUGUGGUUUUCACGACGGCCGCCCGCCCGUGAACUUUCCGCCUCCACCUCUGGUUAUGGCCAGGCGUUACGUCUGGUGGGUCGGGUGGCGAGCGUGGAGCAGUGGUGGGGGCUGUACACGCACCUGGCGCGGCCGGCGGACCUGCCACCUCUCUCCGACCUUCACCUCUUCAAGCUCGGCAUCAAGCCUAUGUGGGAGGACCCCGCCAAUGUUAACGGAGGGAAAUGGGUGGUGCGACUCCGGAAAGCGCAGACGGGGCGUGCGUGGGAAGAUCUCUGCAUGGCGAUGCUGGGCGAACAAUUCAUGGUGGGGCCUGAGCUGUGCGGGGUCGUGCUCUCGGUACGCUUUCAGGAGGACCACCUGGCGGUGUGGCACCGGACGGCGUCGGACACGGCGGCGGCGGCGCGCGUGCGGGACGCGCUGCGCCGCAUCCUGCAGCUGCCGCCGUCGGUGCCGGUGGAGUACAAGGCGCACGGCGACUGCCUGCGGGCCACCGCGUCGCGCGCCGCCGACGCCGAGCCGUCGCCGCCGCCGCCCGCCGAGCCGCGCUCGUAGCGCCGCGCCCGCGCCCGCCCCCGCACCCGCCCCCGCACCGCCUGCACCCGAGCCCGGCCGCGCACCCUUUGACGAUUCUCAGUUCAAUAUUUCGCAAUGUUCGGACACAGGGGGACUGUUGGCGGAGCUGCUCCGUUAACUGAAAUU